UCGAUCUUGAUCAGCACGUCCCUCUGCCUUUGCCAUCAAACCCAAAUCACACCACUUGGCAGAGCAGCCGCAGCCGCAGCCGAAGCUUUUCAUCGUCGAUCACACAGAUCGAGGGAGAGCAAUCGAGGGGCUCUGCUUGCUUGCCUCCCGUCGAGCACUCUUGCGCACAGGUCACCUCUUGCUCGACUUUGCUCAGCACGCCCGCACGCACGCACGUCCGCUCGCCUCUCCAUCAUCCCCAAUCAUUCGCUCCUCUGAAACAGCACGUAGGCUGCGCAUCAGCCUCUCUCGAGGGCUGCUCACGCCAUCGCCACCAUGCCUCUGGAGCAGAUCAGGCCCCUCUUGGCACUCGAGACGCGUACAUCAUCCCAGCGGCAACAACAGGAUGACCAACACCAUCAUCAUCACCACCAGAAGGCGUCCUACCUUCGACGCGAAUCACAGGAGGAUGAAGGAGCGCUACGACCCAGCUCUCCUCGCACUCCCAUAGAUGGGCAGGGCAUCCCAUCGCCUGUUGGCUCCUCAACCCUCAUCGGCCCAGCCUCUCCCUCAGUCCGCUCGACCAAGAGCCUCUACAACUCGCCCUACCAGUUUCCUCGCAAUGACAUUGAGAGCGCAGAGUCAGGCUCGUCGUCGCAUUCUAAGAAAGUAGGCGAUGAUGGCGUGACGCGCUCAGGCAGCUGGAGGAGCGGUGGGAUUUCCGUCAUUGGAAGAGGGCGUAGCUUUGACUACGACAAUGAGGGAGCUGGGCGAGCUGCCUCUUCGCCAUUUGGCUUCUCAUCGCUGGCAGAUGACUCUGAAGAGAGCGCAGAAGGAAGCAGUGGCAGCGGUAGUGGCAGUAGCGCAUCCAAUUUGGCCGAGGUUCAUCGCAGGCAAGGAUCCCUCUCGCGGGCCUCGACGAUUGGCUCUCACUCGUCCUACUCUGCCGCUGCCACCUCGUUGCGCUCACUGUCAAAUCGCAGUUCGACUGGAAGCCACAGCAUACCGAGCUCAUCACCACCGAUGGGCGUUGGUUCAUCACGCAAGCUAGAGGAUGAUCAGCGCAGAGGUAGCUCAGAGCAUGGCUUCGAGCCGGGUACAACGCCAUCCUCGAUGCGUGGCAGUGAUUACGCAGAGCUCCUUCGACGCAGCAGCGGCUUUUCGAGUCCUGGUUUGGGUAGAGUCAAGAGCAUUGGACGGGGCUACGACGGCAGCGAUCAGCACCAGGGCCAAGGAGAUCGGCUCAAGAAGCGAGCGAGCAAAAUCUCAAACCUUGCUAGCGAUGUUCCCAUUGAGGAUGAACCGCCAGCCUCAAAAUCAGCGUUGGGGAUUGUCUCGUCCGUGCCCUCUUCGUCGUCCCCGUCACCGGAUUCGACGGUCACCCAGAUAGAGCUCGCCCCUCAAAAGACUCAACGACGGACACCAUCGCCUUCGAUCUCAUCUGCACCAUCCUUACAGACAUCUCAGACCUUGUCUCCACCAAAAGCAAUGCCUCCAACUCCGAGCAGCCCUCGCGCCAUGUCGCCACGUAUGCGACCUACUUUUGCAGCCGGAUCCUCGCCCUCCCACAGCCGGCACAACUCUCCUCGCCUUGGCCCGCUCAGCCCUCGUAUGUCGCCCAAUCUCCGCGACUUGCUUCAGGGCAGUGGCAACCACAAUCAAGAUCCUCCGCCUCAUCGUCUUGGCAGCCCGUUGGGAGGAUCUCGGUGGGAUGCGCAAUUUGGCUACUUUCCCGCCACAUCAUCGACUGCUGGCAUGUCCGCUUCCAACACAACUGCCGAGUCAAGUGUUCCCACCGCGAGGAGGCACACGGCCGGCUUUCUACGCUCAAGGUCUGCCCUAGCUCAGCAGACGUCAACAGUGGGGGCGGCCGCAGGACGAAGCACUACGACCGCCUCGACAUCCUUUUACGGCGCAGGCCAAGAAGGAGGACGUAAAGCUGCACGAGCUAGAGCAAGGCAUCCGAGUCUGGCUCUGCUUGACAACGCCCCUUUCAGCGUUCUCGAAGCUAGACGAUCAGAGGGUAUGCGAGCAGCUGCUGCUUCAGUGGGGGGCCCAAGAACUUCGUCAACUUCGAGCAGCACCGGUAUUUCGUCCCGAGCCACCAGUCGCGAAGAGGUACCAGAGCGUCCCCUCUCCCCUAUCGCUCAGGCAUCACCCGAUGCUCCAUGGUCAAUGCUCAGCUUGGGCAGCGCUAUCACUAGCGCGGACACUGCGCGUACCUCAAUCGUUGCCCUCCCCUCCGCCGCUAUGGCAGACGGUGCCGAUCCAGCCUUGGUAGCAGCGGCCACCUCCGCAGCCGCCGCAGCGGACGAGGUCAGGCUGACCGCCUCUCCCUCACAGCCUUCGAGCGCUGGCCCCUCACCUCGGAUGUCACGACAGCAUUCCCGCCCUUUCAUCAACCCGAUCGCAGUCCCGGCUCUGACGCCAACCAGCCCGAGAGGCGAGAGCAGGGCAGCCAGCGGCGGCGGCGGCGGUGUCUUCGAGCCAUCUUCCCCAUCUGGCAGCUCAAGCAGCUCUUCCCGGCCACAAAUGCUCCGCGCGACGACCAUGUCCAGCUCCACGACGCUUUCUCCUCCCCGAUCUGCAGCGGUACCAGCGGCAGGGAUUUCUGGACCUGGCGGGAGCGGUGGAGGGGUCAGCGGAAUGCACCUAGGAGGCAUUGUCACGCACGUCCUGCGCACGCCAACAACGGAAGAGUGGGCACGCUUCCUUGCCAGCCAAGGGGUCGAGCCUGGCCAGCAGUUGCCCCGGUCUCGUACGGCGACGGGAAGGAGCUUAGCCGGGUUCGCAGCGCAACACCGAGCCUCGACUACGGCAGCGGCAGCGGCCGCAGCGGCACAAGCUACUGCGUCAACGGGAGGCUCGACAGGUGAACGCAGACCUUCGCUUACCCUCGAUGCCUUGGGCCAGUCCGGCGUGAACUCAUCGAUGACGUCCGUGCUCGGAGCGAUGGAAGGGCUGGUCGACGUCGAUUCAGACUCGGACGAAGACGACGAUGGCGCGAGCACGAGAGGUGCACGACGCCCACGCAGCGACAGCGGCAACUCGUCCGACUCGUCUGAGGAGGGAAGAAUGGAGGCUCUCCGUGCUGCCAUCUCGAUGCCACCCAGCCGCAGAGGUACCCCACCCGGCUCCAACUACGGCGACGACGACGACGACGAUGGCGGUGGUGGUGCGCGCAGCCCGGGCGCCCUCAAUACCUCUUUUCAAAGAGCCCUCGCGCGUCAAGAAGCUGCCGCAAACGCUGCCGCUUCGGCGCAGCAGCAUUUGUCCUCGCCGACAUCGGCAGGCGCUCCCUUCACCUCGGCCGUCCCCUCAUCAGGCGACCCAGUCCUCCUUCAGCAGGUCCAAUCAAUGUACGGCUACCUUGCCGCCCCUAACGGUCGCAAGCGCAGCAUAGACGACUUUGUCAUCGUGCGGGACGUCGGGCGCGGGGCGUACGGUCUUGUCAAGUUAAUCAGAUUGCGAGACCCUGCUGAUGGGCAGGCGCCCGUUGGGCCUGAGUUUGUGGUCAAGUACAUCAUCAAGAGCCGUAUCUUGGCAGACUGCUGGAGGAGGCAUAGAAUCUUGGGCCCAAUCCCUGUGGAGAUCCACGUGAUGGAUCAAUUGAGACGACUACCCUUCACGGCGCCGCUGGAGGGACCCGAGCCAUGGAGUCCGGAAUAUUUGUGGACCGCGGGUACGCCUACUGGUGAUGACAAGGAGGAGGAUGCGCUGGUCACGCCGCCCACGCCAAUUCCUCCAAGGAGUACGUCACUCUCCCCUCACAUAGAGGAAGCCGGAGGUGCGCCACCGCAACGACGUCGGUCCAUCUCCCCCAAUCGAGCCGCAGCUGCCAGCCAUCACGCCCCUUCACCCUCUUUGCUGUCGGCGCAUCCUCCACUUCCCGCUGGCUACACACCUCGAGUCUCCACCCAUCCGGGCCUUUGCACCAUGCUCGACUUCUUUGAAGAUGAGUCGUUCUACUACCUCGUCAUGCCUCGCUUCGGGCACGGCACCGACCUUUUCGACUACAUCGAGUCGCAUCCCUUUGGCCUAGCCACAAGCGAAGCACGCUGCAUUCUCGGCCAGGUAGCAGACGGAGUCCGUUUCCUCCACCAGCACAACAUUGUGCACCGAGACAUCAAGGACGAGAAUGUCAUCUUGGACGGAGCGGGGCAUGCGCAGCUGAUAGACUUUGGCAGUGCGGCUCAUGUCAAGGCGGGGCGAUCCUUUGAUACCUUCUCGGGUACGCUGGAUUAUGCCGCUGCGGAGAUUCUGAGGGGUGACAAGUACGGGGGUAAGGAGCAGGAUGUCUGGGCUCUCGGAGUGGUGAGCUAUGUGUGCUUGGUAGGCGACGCGCCAUUCUGGAAUGGAGAAGAGGCGAUGCAUGGUCUCGAGGCGGGCAGUCGGGCGAGGCAGGCGCUGCUGGAGAGGUGUAGUGCUGAGUUGUCGCCGACAGAAGCGCAGCCCGCUGAGGAGCACGAUUUGCAAGGGGAUGCUAGCGAGGUAGUGGACAGCGAAGGCGAGCCCAAGCACCACCAUGAUCGACCUUCUUCUCCUCGCUCGCCCUCGCAAGAGGAGAUUAGCCAACGUCGCGACGACUAUGCGGGCCAGGUGGAUGGGGGUGGACGUCUCGAGGACGCCAUGGACCUCAUAGAGCGUUGCCUCGAGCUGCAGCCGCAUGACCGUCCUACGGCGGCGGAUGUGUGCCGACACGUGUUCCUUGCUGGGGAGGGAAGGCGGGCUUGGAGAGGGUAUAGAGGUUGGGAGAAGGUGCCUGUCGACGGCCAUAGACAAGAAGAGGCUGCUGUGUAGACGUUCCUCCAUCCUCUCGUAGCGUUUUCCACUCGCUCUCAUCCUCACUUGUCGUCUCCAUCUUCAUCUCACCUCAUCUGUUCAACCCAAUCAUCCAAUGCACUUACUCGUUUUCGCUCA